AUGUCAAAUAAUGAUGAUAGUAGUAAUGAAGAGAUAGAAAGACCAAAUAAUCGAAUACUGACGAGGGAUAAUAAAUUAUCAAGUUUAUAUAAUUCAAGUCAACAAAGAGAAAGUGAUUCCAGGUUCGAAGAAGAUGGUGAAUUCAUAUAUAAACGAAAUGCUUCUCCAGAUCAAAGAAAAAGAAGAAAGAUAAAUACAAACACACCAAUUACUCAAAUUCUUGAAGAUCAUAUAGUUUCAUCAACAGAAUCAAAACUAAAUAAAUUGAAAUCUCCAUUUGGUGAAUCUGAUCAAUAUAUAUCACCAUAUAAUCUACAAUAUCAAGUAUCUAAUCGAAAUGACGAAUCUAGCUUUGACAGGGUCAAACAAUUAAUGAUACGGAUUAUGAAAAAACAAAUAGAAACAGAAAUGUUUCAAGAUCAAGAUCAAACAGUAGUCAACUCGGCAAAAAUAAUAAAAGAAGAAAGUAUAAAAGAUUUGAUCGAUCGACGAAUUCAUAUCAAUAAACAAUCGGAUCUAAUAGUUGAUCCAAUAAUAGUACCUAAUCCGCAUAAUGUGUCAAAUUGUGAAAAUAUUCAAAUAUAUUCAAAAAGGAUAAAACAAUUAAAAUUGCAAUCUCAUGAAUGGAAAGAAACGUUCAAAAACUCAAUACAACCAGUAGAGAAUAUGAAAAUUAAUUAUGAAGAGAAUGAGAAGAAUGAUGACUUGAUUAAUGAGAUUAAAAAUGAUUUAGAAAUCGUUAAAUCAAAUUUAAAUAUAAGUUUAAAUAUUGAUAAAUUAUAUCAUAAAUCUUAUCAACUACUAAAGUCAACUGAUGUAAUGAAACUGAUUAAAGAUGAUACGAUUAAAAUUCAACUUGAAAAAUUGAUUACAAAUUAUAUUAAUACAAAAGAUAAAAUUGAUCCUAUUGAAUUGAUCAAGGCUAUUUGUGAAUUAGAAUCGUAA